AUGCCCUCUUGUUUAGAUAAUGAAGAGUUUGUAGUACUUGAAUCUUUCUGUAAACUCCUCAAGCCAUUUGAAAAUUAUCAUAUAAAGAAAAAAUUUGAUAAAUACUGGGACAUAAUUAUUAAUCAAGUCAUAAUUGCACACGUACUUGAUCUAAGAUAUAAGUUGAAGCAUUUAAAAGUAACAUUGAUUGAAGUUGGUGGAUAUAAAGCAGAAUUGUUUGUUAAUAAUAUUCAGGAAAAUAUUAUUUCUUAUAGAAUGAAAUAUACAAAUACAGAACCUCCAAAUAUUGAAGUUUCUGAAGUUUCUAAAAUCGUUAAUAUUAAUGAUAAGUCUACUUCUGAUUUUUUAUUUUCUGAAGGAGAAUUUCAAAAAAAAAAAAUACAAUAA